GAGAAGUUGCACCAUACUGUGUGUCAGCACGGAAGAAAGAGACGUUUGUCAGUGUUUAAGGAUUUUAUUUAGUCAAAAAGUGCCGUAAAUCUUAACCAUGUGGAACCUUAUUCUUCUUCUCUGGUCCUGCAUUCAUAUCGCUGUUGUUGUAGGAGCUCCAGAUACAGUUACAGGACACAGAGGAGAGAGAGUUGAGAUCAGAUGCUCAUAUAAAUCUGGAUAUGAAUCAAAUUCAAAGUAUUUUUGUAAAGGCGAGUGUAGCUUUGGAUUUAAAAACAUCAUGGUUGAAUCAGGAUCUCCAGCUAAAGACGAGAGAUUCUCUCUGACUGACGACAAGAAGAACAGAGUUUUCACCGUCACCAUCACUGAUCUGAGAACAGCAGAUGAAGGCCAAUACUGGUGUGCUGUGAAGAGGGCUUUUGCUCGUGAUGUCUAUUCAGAGAUUUUGUUGCUGGUUAAACUGGAUAAGAAGAUGACUGAGGUUUCGACUAUCAGCCCAUUUUUUUCUACAAGCACAUCAGCUCCACUGACUCCUCAAACCCCUUUACCCCAAACUUCUUCUCCUGACACAGGUUCAUUUGGUAUCAUCAUCGCAGGAGUUUUGGUUUUUCUCCUGAUAGGUGCUGUAUUGCCUAUUGUGGCCGUACGAAAGAAGAAGUUGACUUGUGGCCUGGUGUCUUCCUCCACUGAAGCACUUCAUCACACAUUUAGAGGAGAAGAGAAUGACUACAAUGAAGGGAACCCGACUGUCCUGCCGAACUCACACACAGCUCAAAAUGAUAACAUUUCUUUAGAAAACGAGUUUCACAGAUCUGUGAACCCAGAACCAGCCGACACAGACCUCGACUACACAAAUGUUAAUUCUGCAGUGUCAAACAGUCAGAAUCCUGAUCAGAUCUACACAGAACUCAACGCCAGUAGACAGAGUCACAUUUACCAGUGUCUCACAGCUGAUUCUGCUCAAGAAGAGUCGAUCUAUCACAAUAUUGAUCAAAUUACUGACUGAACACAAUUUAUUUUGCUUUACACUGGGUUGACACUUCACAAUAUUUCUGUCCGUUGUGAUAGUCACUGUGUCAGAUUAUGCAAUUUUGAUGCCUAAAUUCUUGUCAUGAACAAGAAACAUGUAAGACCAUACAUUGCUUCCCUGCAAAUCAUUGCUUGCUGUCUUUAACAUGAGUGAUAUCAAGAAGGCAGAGCUAGCAACUGACAUCCAGCGGUGGGUAGAGUACUUUAAAAACUGUACUCAAGUAAAAGUAUAAGUACUUAUAGAAAUAUUUACUGAAGUAAAAGUAAUAAUUUUAUAGUUACUUGAGUAAGAGUGUCACUGUGACACACUAUAUGGGGUAAAACGAUUCUUGCUUCCCGACGCCCAGUGUCAUUUACGGGGAUUGUGUCUGAUAUUGUGUAGUCUAAACCCAGCUUUUGUUGCUUAUGAAUACUGCAUAUAAUUUGAAAAAUGGUACAACAGUCUUAAUCUUCUAGGUCUGAUAAAUAUAAAUGGGUGUAAAUAUA